AUGUUCAGGUCAGCCGCAGAUCUAUCUUCGUCAGAGCCUGAAUCCGAUGGGGUUGAAGAUGAAUCUCAUGACCACGAGUCUUCAUCACAUGGCGCAAGACCUAGCCACGGUUUUCGCCGGACAAGUCGCGACAGGGCGGCCGGCGAGCCAUCUAAAAAGAUAGAUCCGGCUGGCAGCUACUCGGAAAACUCCCUUUCUCUUGAAGAGGCGUCUAUCCCAUCCCUGGACACCAUCGAUAUCAAUGCAGACCACCACGCCAACAUGAUGACAUCCGCCCUUUUGGAGUUCUAUUGUCAAAGUCGUGCAGCAGAUAUUCUCAAUGCGCAACCCGGUUCGAAUAAAACCUACACGAAGCAAUCUCCGGAAGCUCAGUACCUUGGAAAGAAGUUGUACAAAUACCAGUCCCAAAUCCUGUCUAAACAUGGUCUUGUUACAGAUGGAGCCCACGAAGAAGAGCUGGGGGCUACUAGGCAAGAAUAUCGCGACCGUCUUGAUAUGCUCGGCCUCUCCGCUCUCGAAGGUCUCAAUCUCGGUGAGCCCGGUGUCCGGUCACCGAUCGAAGGUGGAGAGGAUCGAGAACUCGCUCUGGUUUCCAGAAACAUUCAAGGGAUUGCUAUUCCUGAAAGCGCAACUCCAUUAUGGCAAAGGGAUGGGGCCGAUGGCAAUUUUGGGAGACAUCUUCCCUCUAUCGGUAACUUCGAUGUUCUCGAUGGCACACCAGGCGUACCGAAUCCUUCACGCCCGCUCUUCGGAAGCUCACCAGUUGGAAUUUCACUCUUCCCGCAACCGUCAGCUCCAUCAUUGAACAAUAUGUCUCGCUAUUCCGUCGAAUUUAGCGAACUCAAAAUGCUGGGACGAGGCUCUUUCGGCGAAGUCUAUCAUGUCAAAAAUCAUAUUGACUCGCAAGAUUAUGCUUUGAAAAAGAAAUUCGAACUCUUGCUCGCUUGGAGCAUUCGAACAUUGUUCGGUACUACGGGGCAUGGGUCGAACAAGCACACGUCUCAAGCCACAGACCUUUCGAACAACCUGCGCACCCGCGCUACGAACCCCCCCGAGGAGCCCUUGCCUAGCCAGGAGACCUCUAAUGAACCCAGCAUGGGAAUUGUUUUCGGGAACUCUGAAAGCUCUAUGGCAGAUUCGCACCCGAAUUCCUACCCCGAGGAUCAAGGAUCUUCUAAUCGGAUUAGGCGUUGGGAUAGCCAUGCGACAUCAUCAUCUCGACAUUCCAAGAAGAGUUCCGGAGCUGGAUGGGAAGAUGAUGAGGAUAUCGAGUCCAUCCCCCGGAAUUUCGACAACCUCUCUCAUGGACAAACAUCAACUUUUGGAGAGACCGACGAUAUAUUCACCGACGGACUAAGUCAAGAUCAUUCUAAGCUACAAGUCCAGCGUCAGUGCCGGCCAGGGAAUCAGACCCCAGCUGUGAUUCUUCAUAUCCAAAUGUCGCUCCACCCUAUCUCUCUCAGCUCAUAUUUAAAUCCUCAGGCUGCAGCCAAAUACAAUGAACAUGAAUGCACACCAUCGCGUCGUCACUGUUUCCAUCUGAUGCCAUCAUUAAAGUUGUUUCUCGAUAUCGUUUCGGGUGUCGAGUAUCUUCACUCCAAAAAUAUUGUGCAUCGGGAUUUGAAGCCCGCGAAUAUUUUCUUGUCUUUGCCACAAAACAACAAAACAGACACAUGCAUUCCGUGUCACUCGGAACCCAACUCGCCCUCGCAGUUCUGUCACCCGCGAAUCGGUGACUUUGGUCUCGUGGCAGAUAUCUCCCAUAUCAAUACACCCGCUUCGGAGGGCACCGUGACUCCCUUCCAUCACACUCCGAAGAUUCAGCGCGUGGUGGGAACGGAGUUUUAUCGACCACCUGCAAGCACGGAUGAUAGUGACACGCCAGGUUAUUUUGAUGAAUACAAGAUCGACGAGAAAUUGGAUGUCUUUGCCCUUGGCGUCAUUCUCUUCGAGCUCGUCUACCAACUAAAUACCAAGAUGGAGCGCCAACUGGUGUUGAACCAAUUGACCCGAUCAAUCUCCUUCCCGGAUGACUUUGCUGCCAAAGUCGAUCAUGGCGAGACAAAGUUGGAUAUUGGCGUUAUUGUCGCUGACUCCUUGAUGACCUGUAUUAAGGGGAUGUUAUGUCCGCAAUCGCUUCAUCGGUGGAGCUGCCAGGAUGUGAAGGAUCAACUGCGACAAAUCUACAAAGCUGUAAAAAGGCUAGAGACACGUCAGAGUUGA